AGGAACACGAUUUGCUUCUCUUGGGCGCUGGAGCUCUUCAAAAAUCUCUAUCAAGGAUCGAAACUCUUCGUCCAUCCAAACGCUCUGCGAUACCGUGAACAGCGCUGGCCGAAUAAAUUGACUAAGAAUCCUUCACAAUAAGGCUGGGCACUUGGGCUUGCCGAACGUUACAUUCCGUGACCAGUGAAUCGUCCCACCUUUUGGCGAGACAGGUUCAUCCAGGUCUGUUGUCAAAUUUUGGUCAUUGACAAGUAUUGUACACAUUUCUGCGCUGUGUAUGAGACAUGGACUCACAAUCCGUGCUGGCAACAAUCACCGCUCGGACAUCUACGUGUCCUAAUUGUCGGGAUGAAAGAAAAGAUAAAAAGCAUGAAAAGCGAUCCUUCGAUGAGAUGCAAAGUUAUGGAACAACAUGUCAUCGCUGCUACGUGAUCCUUCAAGGAGUACAAGCGCUCCGGGAAAAGUUUGGGCACUCCACCAAAAAUACUUGGAAGAGCCGUUCUCGGAUCGAUAUUGGUCGUCUGAGGAAGGACUUGGUCGGUGUUCAUUCUACCGAUGAGACCGGCAGGCUUGACCUCAAUGCCGUCUUCUAUACCUGUCUCGACGACGCAAGUGAGAAGAAUGCUUGGCCUCGUACGAAGUGGCACAGUAGGCCAUGUGGACCAUCUCCCGCAAUAUCUCUGCAUUUCGCACAACAAGCGCUAGGCCAUUGCACGGAGAACCACGAUUGCCAGCCACGAGCGGGACCACUGCCAAAGCGUCUACUAGACGUACAGGACCCCUCAAUUGGGGAGGAUGUACUCAGGGUCGUUCAGUCAGAAAGGCUGCCGAAUCCAGAUACCGUUCACUAUGUCGCGCUGAGUUAUUGCUGGGGCAAAAUUAGUAGAUUCAAGGAUGGCAUGCUGAAACUAAGCAAAGAAGAUCUUGCUGAGAAGGAACAUGGACUCGACCUUGUUAGUUUACCCGCAGCCUUUCAAGACGCUGUAAAGACGACAAGAGGUCUCGGCUUGCGGUAUUUGUGGAUCGAUGCCCUUUGCAUUGCACAAGGCGAUCCAGAAGAACGGAGCACAGAGCUUUUAAAGAUGGCGAAAACAUACUCCCGCGCGUUCGUGACCAUUGCGGCUGAUGCCUCAUUGUCAUGUGAGGAAUCGUUCCUGGAUACUCAAACAUACCGCCGGUUGAGUGACGGUAUUGAGGUGCCAGGUUCGUACGGCGGUCCAAGAAUCUUCGUGCGUGUGGAUGAACCAAGCCUCUACAGGAAUUGCGACAGAAUCGGCUUUCCAUCGAUUGAAAGCGUGAUGGAAACGAGAGGAUGGACCUUUCAAGAAGGUUUGCUCAGCAGACGUGUCUUGUCGUUCCGUCAUAUCCACAUGCACUUUCGCUGUAUGCAAAGUACACGAACCGAAUAUGGAAACUCAUUCGGAGACUCCUCGGCCAUCUACAUUCCUCAUGGGGAAAGGGAAAUCACAGUGCCCUCUUGGGUCAAUACCGUUCGGAAACGUGACACCACAGAGUCCUCAUGGAGGGAAAUGAUGUGCUCUCCAAGCGCCUUGCCCUUGGGUGCUGACAAGCUUUUAGAUCUAUGGUAUCAAGUUCUCCUCAGUUAUACACCAAGAGAACUCACCAGAAUUGACGAUAGGCUCGAGGCAAUUGCUGGGGUGGCGUCAGUUCUGAGAUCCAGAGCUGCAGCAAAUAACGAUUAUUUGGCUGGUCUAUGGAAAGACUCCUUCGUCGAACAGCUGGACUGGAUAAGAGAUGGAUUUCAGAGUGCGGGUGAAACCUAUCAACAUCUUGCAAAAGCCCCGUCGUGGUCAUGGGGUUCGCUCACUGGGAAGAUCCCAAACGAGUAUCUUUCCGGAAGUCUUGACAAAGCCUAUCACACAAAACUCGUCCAAAGUCCUUCGCGUUGCGACGAUUUUGACGGGACGAGGUGUGGUCCUGCUGUGGUGGAAGGCCCACUCUCUGAUGCUACCAUCGACCUAUCCUCGAUAACCCCUGCGUAUCUCAAAUACUUUGUGAAACGUAGCCAUUUCGAGCUCUUCUUGGACACGCCCUUGGAAGUUGUUCCAUUCCCGUGUUCGUCUGGUGUGACAUUGCGACGUUCUCGAUUGGAUGGAAUCAUUAGUAGGCACUGGAGUGGCGGGCAAGCACACAUUUACCUUCUGAACAUCUAUACCGAUAACGACAAAGCUUGUUUCCUGCUGUUGACCCAGAGCCCAGAAAACAAAGAGCAGUACUCGAGGAUUGGGGUCUGGAAGCCACCCUUAAUCGAGGGCAUGUAUCCUGUGGAAGCACUCCGUCAUGACAAUCAGAAGAUCCCCCGGCAGUUCGUCGAAAAGCUGCCCGUAAGACGCAUCUCGCUAAUAUGAUAUGGCUUGAUAGUUAUCAAACGAAAGAUUCCCUGGGACGAUCAAUCCCACAUCCAAAAGGCUGAUGUGUGACGUCUGGAUCUCCUUGAUGUCGUACCCGCGAUAUGUCUCGGUCAUCUCAAGUAUCACGAUCACGACAACACCUGUAGCAAUGUAUAUCCACUACCAAGAUGACAUCCUCAUUCUGCUCGCUCCAUCACUUCUUCCCUUACGUCCUGACACACUCCUCGAUACCGACGUCGGAUGUGCAUCGAUAGUCAACAAUCAUCUCCGACUCCCAACCCUACUG